CCCGAUGCCCCUUUCUCGUCAUUUCUAAAACCCUAAUCCAGCUUAAACCCAGAAAUGGCGAUGAGGGCUGCGGCGACGGCGGCGCUGUUCGCUAAUUCUCAAAUUGGAAUGGGAUCAGGAAUGAAGGCUUUGUACUCUACUUUAUCCAGAUUUCCCUUUAAACUACCCGAGUCUAAGAUCGAGAAGCCUCCUCCCGCCGAACCCUCUACCAAUCUCUUCGUCUCUGGGCUUAACAAACGCACUACAAGUGAAGCACUGCAUAAAGAAUUUGCUAAAUUUGGUGAAGUUGUCCAAGCUAAAGUGGUUACUGAUCGUGUAUCUGGAUUCUCUAAGGGUUUUGGUUUUGUGAAAUAUGCAACCAUAGAAGAUGCUACAUCAGGACUUAAAGCCAUGGAUGGACAGUUUUUGGAAGGUUGGGUCAUAUUCGUAGAGUAUGCAAGACCGAGAAGUCCUUUAACCCCAUUGAACAAUGCAGCGCCUCAGCGUCAAUGGUGAAGAAUCGUCUAUCAAUGAACCAUUGAUUUAUGCAAACAGGGGUGGUGUAAUUCAUCCAGUUAGUCUCGCUCUCAUUUGUGUUUCGAAUGCC